ACUGGAUGGAGUAAAAACGUACAUGAGAAUGCGUAGAGUGCCGAAUCACCUACAAGUGAAGGUCAUCAAGUGGUUCGAUUACCUGUGGUUAACCCAAAAGUGUUCAGACGAAGAACGAGCGGUGUCGUGCCUUCCGGACAAGCUCAAAGCGGAAAUUGCCAUCAACGUCCAUCUUGACACACUCAAAAGGGUCGAGAUAUUUCAAAACACCGAAGCCGGUUUUUUAUGCGAACUUGUGCUCCGCCUUAGGCCGGUCCUCUUCUCGCCCGGGGAUUACAUUUGCCGGAAAGGAGAGGUGGGGAAAGAGAUGUACAUAGUAAAUCGUGGUAGACUUCAGGUGGUUGCCGACAAUGGAAGGACCGUAUUGGCUACUCUUAAGGCGGGAAGCUACUUUGGCGAAAUAUCAAUUUUGAACAUGGGCACGGCAGGAAAUCGACGAACUGCGAGCGUUCGAUCGGUGGGAUAUAGCGAUCUGUUUGUUCUAAGUAAAAAGGACAUGUGGGACGUGCUUAAAGAAUAUCCCGCAGCCAGGGUCAGACUCGAAGCCAUUGCCGUCAAAAGACUGGAGAAAUACAAAAGGGCGCCAUUAGAAAAAGCUGCCAUGGGACGAAGUCAGUCGACUCCUGGUCUCGUAGAAUCCCGAGGUCGAAUACCGUUGGAGGAGAUGUGGCUUCCUCCAAGUUUAGCAGGAUUAACUCCUAUCUAUCCCAGGUCACUAUUAGAGACUCCGCCACCUCGUAUCCUCGACAGUCCCGGUUCGAAAGGUUCACGCGGAUCAAAGGGUUCGAGAGAUUCCAGAGGUUCUACGAGCAGCGGAAGAAGUCAAAGGCAAAUUUCCGCAUCUCAUGCCAGAUCAGGCACUACACUUCACUGCGACAGUAUGACUCAAUUGGUCUCUGAAGCGGCUACACCACUGCUGGGUUCACACGAAGCGCUCGAGGCCGAAAUCAAACGCCUUCGCGAACGUUUGCAAACAGUGGAGUCGGAGAAUGCGGCGAUGAGCAUCAAGCUGAACCAGCAACAGUGGGAAUUGCAACAUCGUUUGGCCGAAAUUGAAAUGCAAAUUUGCGGCUCCAGAUCGACGAGUAGCUUAGAAGACAACGAACGCAAUCGCGAAAGCAUUAUUUAACAACUAAAUCCGCUGCCUUACAACAUACUACAAGCGCAAACGUACGCUAUUGCGCAGUACGUUGUUUAAUGGCGGCAAGAUUAAAAAAUAGAAAAUAUUUAUACAUUGUGUACAGUGAUUACAUAGAUAGCUAUCGUUAGUGUUUCGGUGACAUCGUUAAACGGGUAUAAGUGUUAACAAAUCGGUAAAUGCACACGUGUUUAUUUUAUAACAACUUAUCACAUACCAAAAACAUUUUUAUACUUACUGUGACCUUUCGGAAUUAUUUUGGAUUUAUACAUUAAAGGAAAUUGGUUACACGGUACACGACGUCAAUUCUUUUAGCUGUAACAGCUUCUUCAAUUAUUUGAAGCGAUAUCUAAACUGAAAUGUUUUCGUCAACUGAUCGGGGCAAAAUUUAAGGGAAUUGUCGCGUUUUUGUUUUUAAUUGACUUAGAAAAUAAACACGAGUGAUGAACUGAAACAAUUAAAGUGGACACGUACUAAUUAUUAUAUGAACUAAAUGGAUUUUGUAAAAUCGCAAUUAGAACAAAAUCGGGCGGGUAAAAAAAAAGAAAAUUUUUGAACUUAUAUUGCAUUCAAUUACAAAUGCUCCUUGACUGCCAAAUAAUAUUAAUAUUUUGUAGAGAAACUGAUAUAAAAAUAUAUUGUACAAAACCCGGUGAGUGAGCUUGAAAACAAAAGCGUAGACAUAAACACGUAUUAUACAUUUGGUGCUUAAAUGGAGAACUUUGUGUUGAUAUGCGAGGUGCCAUAAUUUUGCCAUGUAAAUAAAUAACCGUAAUAGAAAAUGAGUGUUAAUUGAACUUAUGUUCCCGUAUAUCUUAUUAUGGUGCGACAGAGAGAUGGACCCCCUUCAAACCACCCCCUAUCAUCACAUCGUCAUCGUCAUCAUCCACAACUUCUAGCUGCGUUUGACGUCUUAUGAACUUAAUACCUGCUACUGAUUAUUACUUGCAGCUUUUUAAAGAUUCAUUAAUUUAUUGAAAUCAUUUUUUUUAUAUCGUUAAGGUACAUUUAAGUUUAUCUGGUAAUAUUUGUAAUUAGAUACUAACAAAAUAGAAUACCUAUUAUAAUCACAAAAACGCCACGAUAAAAUACAUACUUAAAAAUUGGCAGCGAGAUGCGGUAAUACAUUAAAGGUUAAGCAAUUAGCAAUAUUACAUAGAAUCAGUGGCGUAAUAAUAAGCAGAACGGGGAAAA